GCUUGUACAAGACUUUAGUUACUCAGAAUAAAUUGUUAUAAUGAGUUUCAAGAAUAAAGUGGUACUUGUGACAGGGGCUAGCUCAGGAAUCGGAGCGGCCACUGCGAUAUUGUUUUCUAAGGAAGGUGCCAAUGUGGCUAUAGUCGGGAGGAACGAAAGUAAACUGAAGAAUGUGUCCGAACAAUGUGCUGCCGUUGGUCAUGCUCCUCUUGUGAUCAAAGCAGACGUGGCAGACGAUGACGAUGCUAGAAGAAUCGUCAACGACACGCUACAAAAAUUCGGCAAACUAGAUGUGUUGGUCAACAAUGCGGGCAUAGUGCAGUACGGAACCCUUCUGAAUGGCAAAGUUUUAGAAUCGUUUGAUAAAAUAAUAGCAAUUAACUUGCGAGCCGUGGUCCACAUCACGAUGCUAGCGGCUCCUCAUCUUGUGAAGACUAAAGGAAAUGUCGUGAAUGUUUCCAGCGUUGCGGGCCAGGUCCAUAUCACUCCACCGUUUAUGGCGUACUGCACCUCCAAAGCUGGCUUGGAUCAUUUUACGAGAGGAUGUGCGUUGGAGCUGUCUUCUUCAGGGGUGCGAGUGAACGCCAUCAGUCCUGGACCAGUGACAACCGAUAUAGUGGAAAAUUCCGGAUCAACGGCGGAGUUCGAGGAAGUUGGAGUGACGACGCCUCUGGGAAGAGUGUCUGAGUCGGAGGAAAUUGCUGACUUGAUCCUUUACGUUGCAAGCGACAAAUCAAAAGGCAUUACUGGAUCUGUAUUUGUAACUGAUAAUGGAGUGAUGAUAAAGAAGUGAAUUGCGUGAUAAAGAUAAAGAUAAAUAUAAGUAAUAUGAAUUAAUUGCAAAGUUAUGAAUCAAAAGAAAGUGUUCAUAUUUUUAUAGGGACUGUUUUAAUGAGACGGUCGUACGUUUAUUUUAUGAUAAUAAAUAUUUUAACAUGGUAA